CUUGAAGAGAAGAAGAAAGCGAGUGAAGGGAAAUAGAGGAAGCUACCACCUAAACAAAAAAGAAAGACAGAAAGGAAAAGUAAAGAAGCUAUUACAAGAAGAAACGCACACAAAGGAACUUUACAAAAUGGGGAAUAAAAAGCAUGGUCCUUGCUUCCAUUGCGGAAUCAAUUUUACUCCACUUUGGCGUAAUGGACCAGAAGAGAAGCCAGUGUUGUGCAAUGCAUGUGGAUCAAGAUACAGGAAAAGGGGUAACCUUGAGGAUUAUCUUCCCACUCAUUUUCAACCAGAGUACCUUGAUAACCUUAAAAAACUCAAAGGUUGGGAAAAUCCAUAUUUUUGGAGUCAUAAGAUCCCUUCAAGGAGACGUUCACAGGUUGUGUGCAAGAACAUAACACCAAUGAAGAGGUUUGGAAAACAACUUCACAAGAUGUGGAAACGUUAUGGGAACCUAGAUGAGUCAUCCCCAGAAGAGGUCUUGCUUCUCAAUAACGUAAAUAACUUCAUACCUAGUAAUGAAAUAGGCCUUGGAGGUGUUCUUCUUAAACCAGAUGAUACUUCUGCUUCUGCAUAGAUGACUUCAUUUAUG